CCUCUCUCUCUCUCUCUCUCUCUCUCUCCCCCUCUCUGUGGCCGGCCCGGCCAUGCACUCACUGCACCAAAGGCACAACCAACCAACCCACACGCAUCGCAUACACAUAUCGGCCGGCGCCACACCAAUAGAAUUACACGCGCGCCAAGCCAAACACCCACCCGUGUAAGUAUGAGAGUAGCUGGCUGGCUGGCUGGCUGGCUGGCUUCAUAAAUAUACAUACCACUUAGUGUGCGUCACGUACGGAUGCCAUGCAGCACGGCACGGCACGGCACGGCACCAAAACGUGUGUGCAUCGAAUGAAUCGAUGGACAGACAUGUCCAUGUAGCUGGGCAGCUUUCACGUCACGUCACGUCAUGCAUCGAUUCGAUCGGUCACCAAACAAAGCACACGCCAUACCAUACCAUGCCAUGCCAUGCCACAUGCAUCCAUCGCCCGAUAAGAUAGAUAAAGUCGAGCAUGAUGCAUGCCAUGGCUUGGAGACGUCCACCUGGCCACGCCUCGCCUCACCCCACCCCGCCAGCCAAGUAAUCCAAUGCAACCAACAAUCAGUCAGCGAAUUGAUUUGUGCUAUGCUACCUACUGCAUCCAUCGGUAAUGAAGAAUGAGAGUGCCCCGGGCAAUACCCUAGGCAAAAAUCGCUCCAGCAGUAUGCCGCCCUCCCUCCCUCCCUCCCUGAGUGAGAGUGAGUGCGGCAGAUAGAUAGACACCUCAUGCGUGUCUGUCGUGUCCCAAUCCUACCUACGACAAAGGCACCUCCACCUGAAGCCACCCACCACCAACACACAACCACACACAGACAGACAGACAGGGAUAUGACGUACUGACGACCCCAUCAGCCUAGCUGGCCAGGCCGCCUGCUUCGUGUAAGUGUACCCCACCCACCCCGUCUCUUUUGGAGUCAUUGAUCCACUUGGAGAGGAGGUUCCUGAGGAGCAAGACAAGACACGACACGACGCGCGAUGAGAUAUCUAGAUUUGUGGAGGCUUGGCGAACAGACGAGAUGCGUGCGUGCAUCGAACGAGCUUACCGCAGUCCGAAUUCCUCCAUCCUGACACAUUCGCACACACACACACACACACACGCAGAAAGAGAUGCUUAGCUCCCUCCGUGUGAGUAGGUAGGUGCUGUGUGCGGGGCGUUACUUGAGCUCGGUGGAGAGUUGGCUCUGCUGGAGGCUGCUCAACGCAUUGCCGUCCAGCCGUUGCUGCAGUAAGUGAGGCAGGCCAUGCCAGGCAACACAAAUGGUGAUUGAAGUGUAAGAGGUGGGUGGGCUACGUGCGGUGCCUCGGUCGGGUCGGUUUGCGUACCGUAUCGACAUAUUUGAUGAGCUCGGCCGCCAGCGGCCUGGUGCGGCUCAGGUGGCUGAAGACAGCGCGGACCUCAUCCACCGACAGCUCCUCAAGUCUCUUCUUGAUAAUGGUGCCAGGUGGACUGGCAGCUCCAGCACCACCUGCAGCACCACCUGCAGGUGAGGCAGCAGCCGAGGCAGGCUGCCCCUGUGUAUCGUCCAACCCUGACAGCAGGCAGAGCAGAGCAGACACAGAACGUCAUGACAAAUCCAUUCGCUGACUCGCCACGUCAUCCCUCCCCUCCCACCUGUCUUGUGUUUCUUGUGCUUAAGAUCACUGUCAGCACCGCCGUCCAGCCCCCGCUUCGCCCCUGCACCCCCACCACCAGCGACGCCGUUCCGUCUGUGACCGCUGGCUGCCGACCGUGCAUCCGACUCGCUCGCGGCCAUCUUCUCAUCCACAGCUGCGCACACACACACACAUUCGCAUAUACAGAGGAGCAACCGACACAGAGGGAGGUGAUCGUCAGGCGGCUGCCACCGAAACAGCUCCCUCCCUCUCCCUCUUUGUACCGAUCUGUCUGUUGGUCUGUCUCGUCCGUCUGUAACGGCUCCCGUCGUAGCGCACAAUCCUCUGGUCACCGUCCACGAUCAUGGUGGCAUCCGUCGAGCUGAUGAGCUGACCGAACUCCUCCCUCUGCGCCUCCCGCAGCCUCUCCACAAGCCACUGCGACACCUCCCACUGGUGCUGGCCUCCUGACGGGUUGCGAUGAAAGUCUCCCUCGAUAUAAAUGUCGCUUCCGGGGCCGAAGGGGCCGAUGCGCGCGACGACCGCCUCCUCGUGGCUGCUUGACGGGUUGUGCUCCAAUCGCGCCUUGUCCUCGAGGCCGUCGUAGGCCGCGUCGUGCUCUGCAGAUCGCGGAUCGCACAGCCGAUACCAUAGCUCCUGACAUUGGGCAACUUGCUCUGAGAUGGAGGUGCAGGGACGCUUGUGGUCGGUCUUGCCGCGCUUCGGUCGGGUCAGUCGGGAGGACGCUGUGGGUGGAGAUGAGCGGGGAGCUCGACGGAGUGGCGAGGAGGGCAGCCCGCUGUUGAGGCCCUUGCGCUUGCCACCCUUGCCGGUCCCCUUGCCACCUCCCAAUCCCUCCUUGGCCCAACCCUUGCGCGCCUCGCGCGUCUCCUGGAGGACUUGAAUGGCCCUGUCGCCCUCGAGCUUGACCUCGGUGACGGUAUAUUGGCUGGGGAGGGGCCCGACAGCUCCCCAGCUCUCUGCUCGCUUCAUCGUUCGCUGGAUCUUGAGCCGCAAGUUGUUGUUGUACCACUGCUCCUUGCCUCGGGAGGGAUCCCGGUGGACGUCGGCCUGCACGUAGUAAUCCCUGUUGGCACCGAAGUGGAACGGGCCGAUGGUACAUGUGACGGCCUCCUCGUGCUUGCUGGCCGAGGAGUUGUCCGCAAAGUACGCCUCCACACCAGCAAACAGGUCACCGGUAAAGAUGCCGCCCUCCGACUUGGAUCGCCACAGUUCUCGGACCUCCUCGACGAUCGCCUCCCUCUGUCGUCUCGGUGGUGGGGCUGUGUGGGGCGCUCCAGGCUGCUGGACGGGGGGCGAUGCAGGCCGUCCCGCCUCGCUGGCAGCAGCUGCCGCACUGGCCGUUGGUCUCCCUCCAGCGUCGCCUGCGGCGUCACGCCGCUGGGCAGGGUCGCUCUUGGCCACCAGGAUGCGCUUGCCGUCCAUCCAGACCUCGUUGAAGCCACCCGGAGAGCUCUGACCCGUCCGCGCCCUGUCGUGGGCCCGUUGGAUCUUCUCCUUCAACUUGCUGAAGUACCAUCUGGAGUUGCUCUGGCUCGGGUUGCGGUACACCUCGCCCCUGAUGUGGUAUGUGCCCAGGAUGGGGUCGUUGAACGGGCCAACGAUGACUGCACACACGCACAAACACACACACACACGCUCAGACAUCAGAUACGGCGAACAGCGACACAUCUGUCUGUCCAUCUAUCUUUUCCGUGUUGCGUCGGUCCAUACGUACCAGUGACGGCCUCCUCGUGAUGGCUGGUGGGAUUGUGGACGCACUCGCACUCAAGGCCGAUGAACAUCUCCUCAGACGCCUUGCACUUCUUGUGGAUGAUGUCCCUGACCUCCUGCUCCAUCUCAUGAGGUUGGCGGCGCUGUCGAGGCUGCGAUGACAUGGCCAACUUGGCGUCGAUGACGGGGAGCUUGUGCUUGCCAUCCGCCGGGCGGCCCUUUUUGGUGCUGUUGUUGCUCCUCCUGCCGUGGGGGUUGUGGCUGAGCACUCGUCUGCCGCGCAACGUGACGAGGGAGUGCACGCCCGAGUUGAAGCCCGCGUGAAUGCGCAGCCUGGUCCUGCGUGCGGCUGAUUGCAGAGAGCCGAACUCCCACCACUGCUUCUUACGAUCGGUCCGCUGGUACACCUCCGCCCGGACAUAGAAUUCCUCCUCGUGCUCUCCAUCGACCUUGCCACGGAACGGGCCGAUCUCCACCACUACUGCCCUGGAAUGCUUGCUCUUGGAGUUGUACGUGAAGUCUGCCUCCAGGCCGGCGAACAGCGCAUCGUACAAGGCGCUCCCGUCAGUGGUCUUGGCCUGCCAGGCAUCCUUGACCUCGGCCACCGCAGCGGCCAUUUCCUCCGGUGAAGGCUCAUUUGGCCGGGGCGAUGCGGCCUUGUCGUCCUCUUGUCUGUCGGCCAUCUCGACAUCGCGGUGCUCACCAGCCGCCCCCCCAUGGCCAUCCUCACCAUGACCAGCGGCCUUGUCAGGCGUGUAUCGGUCCGGGCGAGCGGUGAGCCGUUUGCCUUUUGGCCGGUUGGCGAUGGGCUCGUCAUCGCUGUCAGCCUGACCCCCGCCUAUGUCGACGUCGAGGGGUGACUCGGAAGGGGGGCGGGGCGAAUCACGGGAUUGGGGUGGGGAGGCCGACUCGUCGGCGGCCAUUGGACGAUCAACGGGUUCAGUCGGCAGCUGUUUGGCAUCACCACCAGCGGCAGCGGCAGCAGCAGCCACACUGCUCCCGGGCGUCUCCUUCGCGUGUUCAGCAUCGUCAUCGUCCGUCAUGGCGUCUCCAUUGUUGCCCUUGGGUGAAGCGUCAGGAGCUGGUGAGCCAGAGGGACCAGGCGAGGGAUCUGCGUCGGCCUUGGGCUGCUGGCCGCUCUCCCCUGCGGACCCGUCACACCCCUCGGGCCUGACAAGAGCAGCCAUGUGACCAUGAGGGGCGGCGGGCCCCACAUGAGAGGCACGAUGGUUCUUCUCCUCGUCCUCGCUGGCGCCACCGUGCUCCCAGGCAUCCAGAGCUCCCUGCAGGAGGUUAUAGGUCUUGCCCGCCACAUCAGGCCCGCCCGCCUCUGCCUCAUCUCGGGCACCGUCGCCCUCACCCUCACCCACGCCAGGCCGCUGCCCGUCAUGGCCCAUCUCCCCUCGCAUGGCCGUGUCGGCAUCGUCACUCGCAUUCUUCUGGACCGGCAUCUGGUGUGCUGCCUCGGGCGGGUCGAGACUGUCGAAUGGAUCAACAGACGGGGACGACUCGUGACGGAGGGCGUCGACAUGGCUAUUGGGGGCCUUGCUGUCCGCCUCACUCUGAGGCAGGAUGGGAGGGGGAGCCGGCACACGAGGAGGAAUGUCGUCAGUGAACGUCGUUCCAUCAUGCGCAGCACUAGGGGCCUCCAGCAGACGGCGAGAUGACAUGGGAUGAUCAGUUGGCUCCUUCGGCGGCUGCUCGCCAUCUGGGUGCGUCUCGACAGCCACGCCGACGGAACGAUCAGCCUCCAGUGACCCCCCAACGGCCACGGGCAACCUGCAGGCACCACACAGACAGAAGGAAGUUUUCCAUAGGAAGUUUUCCAAAGAGAUGGCCUAGGUGAGGUGCAGUGAGUGCGUCUGGCCACCCGCGGGCGCAGCGCACCUGGCCUCGUCGACACUACUGUUGGGCUUCUCUUCGGUGCACUCAUUGUCCUUGCUGUCCGUCGGCAUGGGACCUCCACUGUCGCCCUUGGCCGUCAGGCCAUCCGCCACCUCAACAGCAUCGGGCUGCUUGCUGCGCUCUCCUUCGGCAGAAGCACCCACGCUGUCGUGGGGGCCGGCUUGCGUAGCGGAUGAACGAUGCUGCGGCUGCGGCUGCUCUGCAUCCAUCGCAUCUCCAUCCUCAGGGGGGCCAUGGUCUUGGAUGGCCGUGUCGGGCCCGACACACGCAUCGGCGAGCACAGGCUUCUGAUGCGCCGACAUGGGUGGGGGCUGCUCGUUGUCUUGUGGACUGACUGACGGUGGGGGUCCGUGACUGGUAAGUGGGGCCAUGGCGGUAGCUCCGGGUGCAACGUUGACAGCAGGAAGCCCCCUCGGCUGGGUGCCCGCAUCUCUGACCUUGGCUUCCUGUUUCUGACACGGUGAAUGAGCAGCACCCUCGUCCGCGGCCUCGUCCUGCCUCAUCGUCUCGCGUUCCAGGUUGACCCGGGAGGGCCGUGCCGCUUUGAGGGUCGCAGGUGCCACGUGAUGCGGGGGUUGCGGAGUCGGUCGAGCUUUGACCUUCUUGUCUCUGUGCUCUGCGUGUCUGUGGUCUUGGGGCUGCAUGAGGAUGUCACUGGCGUCCCAGCCCACACGUCUGUCACCUGCUGACAAAAGCCAGCAACGAUAGAUACAACCAACUGACAUGGAUGUGUCAGGCCUGUACUCCCUGAUGUGCGUUGGUGCAUGCGUACCCACCCUGCUCUGAUGGGCAAAGAUCCGACACCGCCUGGUCGCCAGAGGCAGAUUCACCACCGCCACCAGCCGCUGCCCCCUGGGUAGCUCUCUCAGCCGGUCGCUGCUGGCCGCGAGGACGAGGGGGGCUUAUGACGGCCUGGACGCCCCCACCUCUGCCUCUGGCACUCCCCUCCAUCAAGGCAUCCUGCAGCUGGUCGAUCGCCGGCCCCCGAUCCCGACCCCGCCCGCCACGACCCUGCCGCUCGGCUGCAUUGCCGUCGGGCUCGUCAUCUGACAGCUCGAUACAGACGGGCGGCUCCUUGUUGACGGAGGGGGCCGCCGCGGUGGUGGCGCCAGUCUGCUGGGCAUUGCUCGUGAAGGGUGGCCUGUGCGCAGGCGGCGGACGGGGCGGGCCUCUGAGGCUCCUCAUCGGAGGCCUCAUUGGUAAGGGGGGUGGCGAGAAUGGGGGCAGGCUGGGUGGUGAGAAUGAUGGCGCGUUGGGGGGCCUGUUGGUCGCAAGGUGAGAGGGCGGAGGGCGCAUUGGCAUCCUGAGAUUCAUCGGGUCUAUCGUCGGCGGUCUCAGACUGACAGUAAAGACACCUCUGCCGCCAGCCGAGAGAACGCUCUUGUUCGCCGUUGCAGGCCGCGAGAUGGGAGGGCCUUGAUUGCUGGCAUGCUGUGGCUGCAAUGGCAACGCUCUCCCAGCGAGGAGGCUUUCCUGCCGCGACGCCCCGGCCGCCCCCUGCCGCUGCUGCUGCUGCUGCUGCUGCCCAUGUCGCGGGCGUGACUCCUGCGAUUGCUGGGUGGGGGACUGAGGCAUCGUAGAGAAGACACUGGGAGGGGGCUGCUUGCGGCUGUGAUCCAUGGCCGCCGCCGGUGUCGGUCUGGCUGCCUGUGCCGCCUGCCGCUGCUGUCCCGCCCCUGAUGCUCCUGUUACAGUCUUCUGGGCAGCCGGCGCGGUCGCUGUCUGUGGAGUCGCCUGACGGGACGGCCCUCCCUCCUCGACCUUGACGCGCACGCCACCCGUCUUCUGCGUCGGUACCACACCGCCGUGUCCACGUCCAUUUUGACCCUUGUCGCUCCCGUCAGCCGGCUCCUCCUUGACGUCUCGACGCCAGACGGAGGGACAGUUGCGAGUCGGCCUCCCAGUGGACGUCAGGCUCCCAGAGGGGCAGCCGCUGUCCUGGGACGCUGGUCGAUGGAGUGCGGGUCGGUCGGCCGCUCGCUGUGAUGCACCUUCCUUGGACUGCCCUCUCUCCUGCGAUUUGCCCAUCGACACUCUCUUGUCAUCCCGUUGAAGAGGUGGCCUCGCCUGCUGCUGCUGGUGGUGGUGGUGGUUGUGGUGGUGGGUGCCGGGGGCUGGUAGAGGGGGCAAGGCAAGCUGUGGCUGCACUUGUUUGUACUUGUGGAUGAGGGUGCUGAAGUUCCAGCUGGAGUCGGGUGACGUGCCAAGGGGUGGGCGGGACACGGACGCUUUGAUCGUGAUCGGGGCGCCGCCAUCCUUCGUGGCCAACGGUCCCAGCGUCACUGUGCAGCUGUCGCCGUCAGCUGCGGUCACCCUGACCUGCCCGUCCGUGAGAUGACAGAUACACCUGAAGUCGGGGUCCUUUGAGCUGCACUUGGCCACCAGCUCAUCCAGGCAGUCUCGCUCGAGGCUCGAGCUGGCUGGUGUCCAUCCCGAGUAGCGCGCGGCUUGCGUGGGAGGCUUCUUGUGGCCUGAGUUGUGCUCCGUCUUGAUGACUGCAGGUAUGCCGACAGGACCAGGAGAGGCAGAGGCAGUGCGAGGGGGAAGAUGGCGGGCGAAGGGCUUGUCAUAAGGGGGGAUGGGGUGAGGAAUCGGACGGCCACGGACACUUCCAGCUGCCUGCACACGCCACGCAAACAUGAAUGAUGACAACACAACAGCGUAGCGUAUGAGGGGCUGUCGGUAAGGUAAUAUGGUGUGGUCCAGCUGCCUACCUGAGGAGUCGCCUCGUUGGCCGGAGCGUGGACACCAGCCUUCCCCGCCGCCGGCAGGGCAGCACCGUGAGCGUUCGGUGGGCGGCAGCCGGUUGGCCGCAUCCGUGCCGACGCUGCUGACGCCACAGGAGGCUGGUGAGAGCCUGGUGCAGCCAUCACCGUGUGUGUGUGGCCCUUUGGGUGUGCGGCUGGUGGAGGGCUUGUGGCGCCAAUGCCCAGCGAGGGCAAGUGGAGGUUAGGGACGUCUGGUUUGGCGUGGAUGGCGGCUCCAGCAUCCACAGUCCGACCGCUCCCUGAGCCAUACACACAGACACAGAGCGAAAACAGAAGAUCCACCACGGCUCAAUGCCAACGGACCGAACAGUGUGAGUAGCACGUGCGCCGCGCCCACCUGUGGCAUGAUGCCGCUGUGCGUCCAUCCCUCGCGACGACUAUCUGUGUGGCUGACGUCUCGCCCUGGGGAAAACAACACUACUAUGUAUGACCUUGUUUCAUCAUCCCGCUGCCGUCACGACGGACUCACUCACAGAUCCUUCCAGGAAUCAGCAAAUCCUCU